UGCCGGUGCUGCCUGCCAGUUUCCAAAACCGUUGUCGCUCGAUUCUUACGAGUCCUUCUGGUAACGUCGCAAUUCGUGGCAGCGCGGGAUGGUGUGACGUGUUGUCUUCGCUCGUAGCGUCGUCGGUGGCCGAACCCGCGAGGCUGGGCGGAUGCCGUAGUAACGCGAUGAUCCCCCCGCCCGCACGCUGAAACAGCUGAGCGGCGAUGGCAGCGACGAAGGACGUGUCCCGCUCGCCGUUCGAGAUCCUCAGCUUCGUACCUCAGGGCCAUGAGAAGGCGCUCAAGCUGGCCGUGUACAACACGGCCACGCUGGUGUUCGCCGCCUUCGUGAGCGCAGCCGGUGUGGCCGUGUACUUCAUACUGCAGCCCUUCCUGGGCCCGCUCCUGUGGGCUCUGCUGUUCGGCUCGGUGCUUCACCCAUUCAAGCGGUCGCUGUGCCUACUCCUGGGCGGAUGGCUGGACGCGCUACGCGAGGCAGGCACCCCGUUGGCCGUGGGCGUGUUCUGCCUGCCCUUCCAGGUGGUCGACAGCGUGGCCGAGCGCGCCUGCAACACGGUGCUGCAGUACUUCAAGUGGUUCCUUGCCGCCUCCAUAGUGGUGCCCCUCGUCUACUUCGCGCACCACUUCCUGCCCGUCACGGUGGCCUGGAAAGUGUUCGCCGUCCUGCGUGUCUUCUACCACAUCGUCUCUGCCACGAUGGAGAUCUUCGCCUCGGGAUGGAUGGUCUGGGGCAUGUUGGUGGGCUAUCUCGGUGCACUGGUGUUCUGGUGGACACCACAGACGGAGGGGCCUCUCCGUGCCAUGUCGCCUGCUGUUUGGUUGGCUGUCAUCUGCCAUUUGGCCACUGUGGCGGGCAUGUGGCGGGUGCCAAUCCUGGCCGCUUUCCUGGCCCUGCUUGCCACGGGAUUCCUGGCCGAGCUGCGUGGAGCCACAAGUGAAAAUGGGGAGCAUGGAGCAACAGAACCUGGUUCACCUUGUGUGAGCACACUGUAUGCUGGCUGGGCAUGGCUCACAGGAUCACCUGUGGCAGCAUCAGCUCAGGACAAAGGCACUAGCCACGAGGCUGAGGGUACCAGCAGCAGAAGUGGCACACCAUCGGAUGAGCUGAGAGCUGCGCCCCUGCACUCUGUUCUGCAUCGGCAACCCUCCCCGGCACCCGGAUCGAGCGAGGGCGACAUCGUGCUGCCCGCCAUCACGGUGAAGCCAACCAUCACUGUACAGGACAGUGACCAGGAGAGCAAAAGCAAGGAGGAAGAUGCCGAAGCAAAAGGUGGUAAAGAUGCCGGGAGGAGUCGGCUGUACCUGUCCACGCUGGUCUGGGCCUGCUUGCUGGCUCAGUUGUGGCGCUACAUCUGGCUUCUGCACCUCACCUACGUGCCCUUGCUCUACACAGUCAUCAAGCGAGUGGGAAGCCACUUGAACCUGUGGAGCUGUCUGCGGGAUCAGUCACGCACUGUGUGUUGGACGCUGCGUAACUGGUACGAAGAGCGCAGCCAGGCUCUUUUCCCAGCCCCUGUGCACGGGCUCUGGAGACUGCUAAGGGAGGGUGACAAGCGGAUGGUGUCUGUGCUGAAAACGUCCAUAGACUCUCUCACCACCAUUGGAAUUCUGUUGCUUGUGACUCUGCUGGCCACUGUGGGCACCAUCUUCCUUGCCUUGCAGGUGUACGGUGAGAGCAUGCACUUGGUGGAGGUGACAAGCAGCCUCAUCAACCACACUGUUGUCAACAGCCCAGAGCUACAGGAACUGCUGCCCGAGUCCCUGCGCAAUGCCCAGGGAGCAUUCGACUCAAUGCUGGGAGAUGCCUACCUCUACGGCCGUCAGUGGAUCAGUGGCGCGGUGCGACGGGCCCUGGACGAUGCGGAUGAGUCGCACGUGUUGGAAGUUGAGCGGCAGACGCUGGAGCUGUGGGACCGUGCCUACCACUUGUGGGUGGCACGCAAUGCCACCGAUGACCCCACCUUGCACCAUGGGCCCUCCUGGGAUGCUCUCACCGAUUCGCUGCGCAACCUCGAUUUCUCCCUGUUUUCCAGCUUCGUCCGGGACAACAUCGGCACACUUAUGUCGGUGUUUGAAUCUAUCUGGAACCUGCUAAAGGGCAACAUUAGUGUCGUCCUCAGCCUGGUUACGACGACAAUCUCAAUCUUGUUUGGCGGUGGUACUGCAGUUCUCAACUUCGUGCUGAAUUUUGUUGUUUUCAUGACUGCACUCUACUACCUUCUCCGUGCGAGCAAGGAACGCUACAAGCCGCUGGAUCUCUUUUCUAGUAUGUUGCCAGGCUCGGCUAGCCGUCUGGGCGAAGCAGUUGAGGAGGCUGUGGCAGGCGUCUUUGCAGCCUCUUUCAAGAUGGCCGCAUUCUAUGGUCUCUACACAUGGCUAAUACACACGCUCUUUGAUGUCAAGAUGGUGUACAUUCCCACUGCACUGGCAUCCCUGUUUGGGGCGGUGCCGUUCAUUGGUGCAUACUGGGCCUGCCUGCCAGCCGUGCUGGAGCUGUGGCUGGUUCAAGCGCAGCGCCUCAAGGCACUCCUCAUGCUUAUCUGCCAACUGGCACCCACUUACUUCGUUGAUUGCGCCAUCUAUGCCGAGAUUAAGGGGGGUGGUCAUCCCUUCUUGACUGGGCUGGCGAUAGCAGGCGGUGUCUUCUGCCUGGGUUUCCAGGGUGCACUGUUUGGGCCCAUGCUCCUGUGUGUUCUCAUUGUAGCCAUGAAAGUGUACCGCUCUGUGAUGCAAUCCAUGCCCGCUGGCACAGCGGGCCGACGCUUCAGCUUCAAGAGGAUGUUCACAAUAGACUAGCGUGGCAUGGUGCACAUCACCCCUGUGGACACAAGAUACAACAGCAGAUGAAGCAUCCUGGCGUCUGUUGAAAUCCUGCCUCCUUACCUGCUGCUAGUCAUUUUGUGCCUUGCUCAGCCAAUUUAAAAAUCGCCAAUCCAUGCCUUCCGUCUGCAGCGCACAAUAGCCACUGCAGCCUACAUCUUUGGCUCGCGCAAGCGCCUUUUCAUGUUGUUUACGCAAUGUUUCCUUAUGUAUGCUAUACCAAUUAAUGCAGCACAGUGAAUUAUAAACAUGUUGUCGCUUCGCUCGAAUGUUUCGAAGAUAUGUCGGAGCAAUAAUACUCGCAAUGUCACAAAUUCUUAUCGUGCUUGCAUUUCAAUACGGCCGAAGUACUACUAACACCAAAGAACAUUUUGUAAUUUUACUGGUCACAUCACGUGUUGAAGUUCGCCUCGUGGUCGUUGGGGCAUGUGACCAGGAAUGGCAACUCCUUUUUUGUGUGAAUUGUGUAUGUCCAGAAAGUAAUGUUAUUGGAAAGAUUUUGCAUUUGAAUAGUGUAGUUAAGAAUUUUCACUGAGCGAAAUCAUUUCAGGGAUGAAUCUGUGUUUGCAAGUUCCUCCAAUACUGUGUGAUUCAAUGAUGAAUGUUGAAUAGAUCAAUCGCAGGCCACUCGGCGUUUGACAAUUGCCUGCGCUUCAUGUUACUUGUUGCCUAACCGUUGUUGAUACAGAAGCUGCUUGCUGUUCAGACUAUUGACAAUAUACAUCAGAUCUGCAGGAUGCAACCAUCAAUGUUAUUUACAAAAUAAAGGUUGUGUUUGAUGAA